GGAAAAAUUGCAGAAUGUUAUUGAAGUGAUAUAUUGUAAUGUGCAAAAAUUUUGAUUAAUUCGCUCCACGCAAAUUCGCAAAAAAAUCGUAAAAAGUUGUUUUUUUAAGCUGAAACCUUCCCUAUCCCACUAAAACAGUUAAUUAAAUAUUACAUUCGCAAAACUGAACAAGUAAACAUUCAUUUAUUGAUUUAUUUUCUGUUCAACAGCGAUGAUCGAACUAAACGAGCGACAGACUGCCAAGUAUCUCGUACAAAAGAUCGAAGAAGUUCUUAAAGAGUACGAUAUAGCGCUUGAACAGGUAUUAACCGUUACAUGUGAUAACGGCGCUAAUAUGUUAGCGGCUGUUAAAGAGCUAGAUAAACAUGUUCAAAUGAUAACAGCAGAUAAACUUUUUGUGGAUGAAGAUGAUUUCGAGAACAAUGACGAACUGUUCAAUGAUUUGAUAAAUGAGCUUUCAACCAAAGUUAGUCUGAUAAGAUGUGCUGUGCAUACAUUGCAGCUAGCUGUGACGGAUGCGAUAAAAGCUGUCGACAAUAGAAUCCGCAGCCUAACCAAUGUUGCUAAGAACUGCCGAAAAAUGUCAUACAAACCAUCAUUCGAUUUAAAAAAUAUACCGCUCCCGCCGUUGUACUCAAGAACAAGAUGGGGAGGUAUAUUUGAGAUGAUUUCCAACUUUUAUGAUCACGAAGAUUUUUACAGAGAUCUAGGAAAACAGUUCAAGGAACUAGAUUUGUUGGAGAAUUGGGGAUUCAUUCACGACUAUAAGAAUGCGUUCCAACCCGUUUAUGUAGCCACGAAAGAGAUGCAAGGACAACAUGUAUCUUUGGGAGAUUUUUAUAUUCAUUGGUUGCGCUGUAUGAUGCACGUUAAACAGCAACCUAGGAACGACUUAACCAAAGCUCUAGGAGAUUCCUUGGAAAAAAGGUUGCAUCAGUUAAAAAAAAAUUUAGCCUUCAAAGCUGCUUUAUUGAUCGAUCCGAGGUUCAAUUAUAUCUCAUCAGUAGUUUUAACUCCAGACGAGAAAGCAGAAACUAGGAAAUUCAUCAUUUCCACGUCUAAAAGAAUUGAGUCAUUGAAACCUAAUCAAACUACGCAGCAAUUGAAGAUUCCAGAGCAACCAACAGCAACGUCGAGUUUGGAUGAUUUCAUGACAAGCUUGUUCGGGGGAUCUCCACCAGCAGUGUUGCAGAGCGAUUCUGAAAAUACGUUUUUGAAACAACUAAACGCAUUAGAUCUAGAGACUCAUCAAAACUACAAAUAUGAUAUUUGGAAGCACUGGAUUGCGCGGAAAGAUUCACACCCGGAACUUUCCGAAAUAGCACUCACGAUAAUGACCGUUCCAGCAACGCAAGUGUCAGUGGAGCGCGCAUUUAGUGCUCUGGCACUAGUUUUGUCGCCUGCUAGAACAAAGCUAAGCGUACAAAACCUGGCGAGCAUCCUCACAAUAAAACUGAACGAAGAGUUAUUACACGAGGUUAUUCCCAAAAUGAGUAGUUGCCAGAAAUCAAAAUCCAAAAGUACCUAA